UGUUCCUCGAAGUGUCCGAACUACCGAACCAAGUUGUCCGACUCUCCCUCGGUGCGUUUCUCUCGCUCAGGAACCUCAGGGUUCCGACCAACGGCGGAGCCUCCGUCUCCGUGGCUGUUCCGGCCGACGCAGCUGAUGGCCCCGGCCGUCGAGCCGCCUGCGAAGGAAGCGCCGGUGUCGAAUUCGAGGGCUCCCUUGCUCGGUUUCUUUCCAGAUCUGAGGCGAUCCAUCCUCGUCGGCCCGUGAUUUUCCUCUUGGUUCUUAGCCCCACCGGAGCAAAAACACCGGUGAUCGGCCAUGGCCAGAGCUGACAAGCCGCCGUGAGUCGGGCGCUUUCUUGCGGAAGAUGAAAGCCGUUCCUUUCUUUUUUGAAUCGAUCAUCUUGCUCCUUCUGUCAGCACGCUCAUCGACCAACUCUGGUCUCGAUAUCGGCCAUCAUUCGCCCUUACUUGCCGAUGUGUGCCGAUAUUCACACCAAAAGUCAUCGGCAAACACAUUCUGUGUCGAUGGGUUAGCUCAUUUUCGCUAUAAAUACAUGCCCAUUUGAAAAAGAUUCAAUUUUUAUCUGCCCUUCUGUCCAUAUCCAUCCUGCCCACUUGAACCACAGAGCUUCGUCUUCAACUUUGGUCGUUCUUAAUGGCAUCCGACUCUUCCGACUUCACAGCUGCAACCUACGUCGCCCGCUUCGACCAGCUACGGAGCGGAGAAUGUGAUGACAACUGUUGCCUUGACAUCCAGAACGACAUCGACGGGGAUGGCUCUCGGCUUGUCUCGGGGCCUUGCUUCAAACGAUCCUCGCCGAUCCCACCGGUCUUUGACCUUUGUUUUCCUCGCUCGCGCGAAGAGCUCCUUCCUUUCCAACUUCCCACCGUUCGGGAUGUCUGGACCGCCGAGUCGCAGCGAUUCAGGGGAUUUCCCUCCUUCGACCCCGAGUUCUACCGAUGGUACCGGAGAAUGACGGCUCAAGAUCGAAUAACCUCUCUCUGGAAGAAGGCCGGCAUCGAAAGGGCGCUUCAGUUUAGUUGCUUCGACUGGAAUCUGAACUUGGGCCUUUUGGGUUCCGUAGUCUGCUUGUGGUCUCCGUCAACCAACUGUUUCUUCUUUCCCUGGGGACCGAUGUCGAUCACCCUUCUGGAUGUGCAUGCCAUAGCCGGUUUCAUGCCCACUGGCUUGGCUGUAAAGGACAUUGGCUCCCCCAGAUACCUCGAGUCCAUCGAUGACAAUGCCCUUUCUUACGGGAGCUUCAUGAACACUUUCCGUCAACCAUCUGGACAAGUUGAGGAUGACGAGCAUACUGCCUUCCUGCUCUACUGGCUAUCCAAGUACGUCUUUCUCCACCCUGCACUUAGAGUAUCUAAGGAUCUCCUCGGUAUUGCAUCUUGCUUGGCAGAAGGUACAUCGAUCGCAUUAGGCCCGCUCGUACUUGCUGCAUUGUAUAGAGGCAUCACGCACGCCUCUUUGGCUAUGCGCGGAAAAGAAUCUGGUACCUUCUUCGGAUCCUUUUGGCUUCUACAGGCUUGGAUUGUCCUCUACUUUCCUUUUCUGUUCUCGAAUCGAAAUCACGAAUUGCCCAAAUAUAAUAACUUGAGCCUGCAGCCCCACGUCCCUGAGUUCAUAGGAAGUCAAUUACUUAGUCGACUUCCGUUACCGAUUCCAGAGGGCAAUCCCCCUUUGACGUAUUUUCUUCGAGUUCUCUUUGACUUUGAUCGAGACAAGUUCGACUUUUGUCCCUUUAAGUCUGAAAGCUUCUCUUAUCUCUAUCGUUUUCCUUCUCGGGAAGAAUUUGGUGAUUUCUGGGUUAAGGUGCUGACUCCUGUUGACCUUCCGUUGAGAUUGUCCAAAAAGGGAAGGUUCUACCAUGGGUUCGAGAUAUAUUCCCCACAGUAUUGUGCUAGACAAUUUGGAUUGGCCCAAGGUAUACCCAUGCCGAUCUAUUAUUCCCUGGAGUUUCCUUUCACAGAGAAGACCAAGUAUAAAUCUACCGAAAAUGGGCCUUUCAGCUGCUGCUCUGAAAUUACUGAAAGUAUGCAUGCCCGAUUUUCUGUCGAUGAAUUCAGUCCUGAUCCACAAUCCACUCCUGACUACGAUCAAUGGUGGGGACUUUAUUACCGUCGGUAUUUUAUAAACGCCAGGUCUGCUCUCAAAAGGAUAAAAUCGUUUACUUCUCCAAUCAAAGGGAAAUCGGUUGGACAAGGAGAGCAAGAUGAACUCCAUAGUCAGCAAUCUGUUGAACCUAAACUGUUGAUGAUCGAGGAAAACGAAGGAUCAUUGGAUGGCCUGCCAAUGUCCACUGCUCAAGUUCAAUCUCCACGACCACGUUCUCGGAAGAAGAAAAGUAGGGCCAGGAGAGGAAAAGCGGUUUCCCAACCAAUCACUCCUUUGCGGACCAGAAAGAAACGGUCGACUGGGAUCCAAGUUACUGAGGAAGAAAAAGAGAUGGAAGAAGUUCCUCUUUCCAGGAAAAAAAGAAGGGUGGUAUCUACCUCAGCUAGCACCGGUGAUGAUGUUGAAGAGAUUGAAAAUACUGCCACUGGUGCCGGCUCAAAUCCCUCUUUCAGUACUGACAAUGUUACCGGGGCUACUAACACCUCUCCGGGUCCUGAGGGAACAAUUGUUCUUACCGACGAGUCACCUGAAGCCAGAGCCGCGCCUCUUGUUCCCAGGACAGAAUGCAGUCUUCGCUCUUCUUCCCUCGAGAGUGCAUCACUAGUCUCCGCUCCAUCUUCUUUGGCUGGACACGGUUCGACAGAUCCCCAACUGACAAUCACAUCUGCCACAGUUGAGAUGAACAAUCAAAAACAGCUGGAAGGGGUUACCAAUGCUCUUGGUCAUGCUUUGUCGAUGCGCUCUCCCUCUGUACCUCUGCUGCUUCCGACACCUCCAUCUGGUCAAACCGGUGAAAAUUUCGUCGGUUCUAGUGUCAGGGGCAGGCUCAUUCUUGAAGAACUUUCUAAGGCUCGUCAUCUUGAAGCUGCCAGUUGUGGCACCUUGGCAUCUGACUCUUCAUCUGCACAUAUCCAAGCAAUUAAGCGCAAAUGGGCUGAAUUUUUUGAGCUGUCCGUAGGAGGCUAUUCAUUGCUUGCAGCUAAUCCUAUCACUACUGAUAGGGUUAAAAUUUUGCUAGAAGAGCUAUACGAUGAUGACAUCCAAUUCUCGAAGUCUCCCCAGUUCAAGGAACGUUGCAAAAUCUUCUUGGAGCAAUUCCUUGGUGGUAUGAAGGCUUACCAGUACGACAAGGAAAAGAUUACAUCUCUGACAGCCUUAGAAGAGAAAUGUCUACAGUCUCUUGCUUCCAUCAAGGAACUUGAUCAGUCAUUGCAGGGCAAUGAAAAUACCUUACAAACUCUGAUCGAUGAGCAAGUUGAUCUUGCUACUGAGGAAGCUGAGCUAGAGAAACGUCUGGCAGAUGUUCGUCGUCGUCGUGGACUUGUGGCUGGUGAAAUAUCCCAAGUAAACAGGACCUUGGAACGUGACCUUGAUGCAUUCAAGACGCUACCUCAUAGGAAGUCUCAACUGGCCAAGGAAUUAGCUGAUCAUCGGCAUGCCAAGAAUCAGCUGGUGGUCCGCAAUGGUUGCUUAGAUAUCGACAUGUCGAGCUUCCACAAGGAAGCGAUGGACUUUGUGAAUAAUUUGUAAUUAUAAUAGUUGACAUUUCUAAUGGA